AUGAUUGAACUCACGGUAGGAUACGUGGCUGGUUUUAUCGCCGCAGCAAUUGUUGUUGCUCAGAUAUGGUGCCCAACAGCCAUUGCCUUGAUCCUUGCAGGCCUGCUCCAAGAUACCGAGACUGCUGCCACAUGGAGCAUCGCCAGUCGCGUGAUCCAGAGAACCUGGUGGCCAACAAUCCUCCAGUCCGACUCUGUCCUUACCCAUGGCGCCCGGCUCAAGAUCUCGCUCAUCUCGUGGUCCGUCCCCAUCAUUGGUGUUCUCAUAGCCAUCACCGGUGUUGUGACGCCACUGGGACUCUACGAGGAGCUUGACACGCUAGAUUCCAGGUUGGGAUCGUUCGCCUACCUCAAGGACACCGGGUCUUUCGGCGCCGGCACCUCUGAGAGGGGACUUCACAACUUCUCCCGGGCGUGCUCCUGGGGUCAUGGGUUCACGGCCGGCCCGGCCCCAUGCCCUUACUCCGGCAACAGUGUGCUCGUCACAGGAAGCAACGGAACAUUCAACUUCACCAUGCCGGGUGGCUACAGCUCCAAGAUCGCGCCGAUUGUGCGGGAAAUCUUCUCCAGCGGGACCAAGGGCUGCACGACCAUAUCCAACUUCUUCGACAUCGAGUGGCGGCAGAUCACGACGCGGCCCGACAGGAUCGUCGAUAACGGAACCGAGGUCGCCGUCGGGGCCUACCGCCAGCUCGAGAGCCACAUCAUGGACCCGAGCAUCAAGGUCGUCGAGGGCCUCGUCGUGGACGCCGAGAACGGUGGCAUCGGCCUGCGCAACCACACCGCGCCCACCAACGUCGAACAGGGCGCGACCUGGUCCGAGGAUCUCCUUUUCAUCGAGCCGAUCGCCAGCUGCGUCAACACCAACCUGACGCUGGACUUUGAGAUCACGAUGAACUCGACCGUCAGCAACGUGGGCAUCGACAAGCUGAGGCUGACGGACCGCGGGGGCUUCGUAAACAUCAACCAGACCUACCCCACGUACGACCACGACAACGCGCAGUCGAACCCGGACCUGCGCGCGCGCGCAUACAAGGCGGCCUUCCUCAAUAACGCGUGGACCAUGAUGUACCUGAACGUCACGACCGGCAACAACGCGAGCGAGGGCCGUAAAGCGUGGUCGUACCUCGACUCCGAGCUGGGCAAGGAGUUCCCCCUCGCCGAGCAGGCCCUGACCAACUACCGCGCCCUGGGGUUCAGCUCCAAGUACGGAAGUUACCUCGACUUGCUGGGGACCUCCUCCGGCAGAAACAAGGCGGCGAACUGGUCGAAUCCGUUCAAGGUCACGUCGACCGACUUCCGGGACGCCAACAUCAUCUGCUCGGGGGCCGGCGCCAGGGACUUUGCCAACAUCUCCAACAUCUACGUCGCCUGCGGGCUGAUGCGAGGGGCCCCGCGGAGGGUGGACGGCGGUGCUUCCACGGCGCUGUUCGAGAACCACAGCAAGUGGUCGUCCUCGCUUCAUUCGUGCGCGGCGGCUGUUCGCGCGGUCGUCAAGACGGUUAGCUUCUCCGUCAACGGAACAAAUGGUCUUGACAGCCUCACGGUCACCUCCAUCAGCCCCAAGGAGUACGCCAACCCAGAUGAUGCUCCCCUUUGGGGUCUCGAGGAUUCCGGUCUCGCAAUGGACGGAAUCAGCGCUGUAUGGGGCAUCAUCUCGCCCGAGUACGCCACGAGACCCAACAUCUCCACCGUCAGACAACCCGCCUUCCACCUGCCCGGAUACUCCGACUCUCUCGGAGGAUCCACGCUUGGGGGCCCUAAUGGAAUCUUGCGAUACAACAUCCCUGGAAGCGACUUUGCGUCCGGCGUCAUGGAGACGCUUUUCGGUGGGCCGACAACAGACGGAGGAGCCAUGGGCACCGGCUGGCCGUUUGACUUGGUCGGCGCGGCCAAUAUGCCCGUCUUCAAGAGGUGGCAAGCCCUAUCGGACGAUUCCGACCGGGUUCCCGAGAUCAUCAAGCUCAUAUGGACCGACGUUGCAGCCUCGGCCGUUGUCGGCACCAAAGGCGUCUUGGGUCCGCGCAACGCCGGUGCUACCGACGAGGCAGUAAGAAUCACCGUGAAGCCGGUGGGCAAGCGCAUAAAGUACCGCUGGGCGUUCGGCAUACCCGCCUUCGUGCUGUUGCUGGUGAUGCUAGGCAUCGCCGUCGCCCUGAUCCUGGCGGCUGUGCUCAAGUCCUCGACCGUCGCCGUCCUCCGACACCGCCUGCAGCAGGUCACCGUGGGCCGGGUCCUGACGACGGUUUUGUAUCCCGAACACAGCAACCUGCUCAUGUCGAGCAAGGAGUGGAGUAGGUUGAACGGUGACAAGGCCGUGGACCUGGGCGGCGUGCCGCAGAAGGGUUUGGUUUCCCAGCACGCCGUGCAGUUCUCUCAGGGUCAACCAGAGACUCCGGCCGAGGAGGUCAAGGUCAGGCUGAUGGCCGGUGAAGGCAAGCCGGUGCACUAG